GUUCGCGGUCGGUCGAGACCCGUAGUAGAAGCUGACACCUGACCGCACGAUACGAGGAGGCUCCUGCUUCCCGCCACUGGGUGGUGGUUGGACAAAAGUCAUCUUGCUUCCCACGCAGGCUUCAUGUAGGUUGGCCCAACGGCCACCGGAGAGGCCCCUCGCUCACCACCAUGUCACUCACCAUUGUCGCUGUGCUUCCAUUCCAAGCUUAUCUCGCCGCUUCGCCGCGAUGGGCCAGGGCUUGAUGCGGCUCGUCCAGGCGGGGGCCACAUCACCACCAGCCAUUGAGCCAGGCCCCUCCCCAGGGAGCGGCCCCACCCGUGUGUCUGCCCUGAGCUUCCACCAUGGGUGCCGGACUCUGACACCUGUCUGGCACCUAUAAGGUAAGGUUGGUUAGUGCUAACCUGGAAGGCACUGCACUCCAUUCAGGUGGGCUCCCCUGCCGUGCCAUGGACGGGCAGGUCGCGCCAGGCAGCCUGGGGCACUUGCAACUGCCUGGAGGUCGAGGUCCCGUCCACCUCAUCUAGUGAAGUCUCCACUCCACCUCAGUACCGCACCAAAGGCACCACCCACCAGCGAGCGCCAGCAGCGCGCGGGCCAUGCGAAUAGCCCGCCAUCCGCAAGCACCAUCCCAUGGAAGGAAGACGGACAUGGAUGAUUGUUGGAGGCCAACGUCAGUCCAUCCACAACACCAACGCUCGUACACGUCUCCCAUCGCAACCGCCCAAUCGGGCCACCAUGGGUCUUUCUUCUCGCUUCAGCCGCUACCGCGUUGCCUGACUGACUGCUGCGCACACCUGUGCACCACCGAUCCUCGCUCGUGACGUGACGUCCAUUCCUCCACCAUCGAUCCCCUCCCUCCAGAGCGGCGUCAGCUCCGACCGCCACGACCAUCUAACGACUCGACGAGACCCGCGCAAACUCCUCGCCGACGGAUGGAAUCCAUAACACACCGAACGUUCCGAUAAGAAGCAUCUAGAGAGCCGCUCGACGAAUGCUACAAGUCCGACCGGGGGCACAGUCCCAGCCGGCGGGCACAUUUCCUCUUGCUCGCGGGCUGCUACCUCGCUGGCCGCAGGCCAGACGAGCAUCGCCAUGCCGCCUCAACCUUCCCGGGAGGCGCCGCAUCAGCAUCAUGGCCCUUCUACACAGCCUGGACGGCCGAGCCUGGACCGCGACGGCUCUGGCUUGCAGCUCCCCAACGGCGGCCCCGCGCGCAACUUCUCCGCUUCCUCAGUGUCCUUUGCGCCGCGUGGCAGCAGCCUGAACCCCAACGCCGGCCCUGGUAGCUUCAGCUCCGAGCUGCGGAGUCAGAUGAUGUCCACGCGCGCGGGCAGUCGCGUCGAUGUCGCCGGCUCCGUGUACCCAGGCAGCGUCAUGGACAAGGUUGACGAGGACGCGGCCAUCUCGGCCGCCGAGCAGGCUCUGGCAUCCCUCAAAGAUCGCUUGAAUCGCGAGAUGAAGAUCAAGGAGGGGAGCGAAAACAUGCUCGAGGCGCUCAACAUUAAGAAAGCGAAGCAGACCAAGGAGCAGCGCCAGAGAGUCGAGGCCGAGUUGAGUGCGAGCAACCUGCGCAUCAAGGAGCUACGACAAAAGAUAUCCGACGCGCAGCGCACGAAGGCUCUGCCCCCGAUGCCCACCACGCCGACCAGAAACCGUACACAGGAGAGCGCAUCUCAUCCCACUGCCGCGCUGCGGUCACCGCCGAGUAUCUCGAGGUCAGCUGCCGGCUCCGAUGUAGACGAGCUGCUCGAGAGUCCAAGCUUCCUCUUAGCCGAGCUUCUUCAAGCACUCGAGGUGGAGGGCAUGACACCCGAAUACUACGUGAGCCGUGCGAACCAGCUCGCGGAUCUCUUCAGGAGACAUCCAACUAUCAAGUACGACCUUGUCUGGUCCAUUUUUGGCCUGCGCAUGCAGAUGAUGCUCCUGAGCGAGAGUCGGGAGGUCGUCGCAGCAGGCUACCGAGCCACGAGAUACGCCAUAUCAGACAUAGCCUCACUCAAGAAAAUCCGCAGCCUCAAUACUGAUUUCCUGGUCAUACGGUCGUUGAACAAUUAUCGCAAAGCCGACGUUGAACGAGAGCAGGCUCUCAAGUUCGUGCGAACCUUCCUCGACGUUAAGAACGGUGUCAAGGAGAUCUCACGGGCUGUUGUUCGGACAAUCGUGGCCGUUGCCGAGCAAGGUGAGGAGCGUCGCCCUGGAAUCCAGCCCGCAGAUCAGAAUAUCGAUAGGCUGCGGCCCAUCUGCAUCGAGACUCUUGCCGAGAUCAUGGUCCGGGACCCGCGUCUUCUAGUAGCAUCUGGCGGCCUCGGGCCGCUCUCUGAGGCGCUGGCUGAGGGGACAUACAAGGCGCCCGAAAGCCUCAUGUCCGCGUUUCUGUUCCUGCUCGACACUCCUCAGCGACGCAAGUACAUCCUGCCGGGCUACGGUCUGGAUGUCGUUUUCACUGCAUUCACGGACCAGCUGGCAGGUGCCGAGAGUAUAUUGAAACAGAGCUCGAGGGCUAUAUCUGUCGCGAUGAGGUCAUGGUCUGGUCUAAUGGCCCUGUCAAUGUACGACUUUCGACCGAUUCGCUCGCUCAUUGCCAGCAUCUUGUUCCCCAAUGCGGCCAUUCGAGAGACGGUACUGGACUUGCUCUUCUCGCUGCUACGGAUCAAGCCGCCUGCUUGGGCGACAUCGUUCUUGGCCGGACGCAGGCUCACGACUUACGGCCGAGUCGCCAACAUGAAGUCAUCGAACGCGAGGGACAGGAGCGCCACAUUGUAUCUUGAGGAGGACAACAGCGAACAGAAUUUCGUGGACCAUUACACCGCCCUUCUACUCGCCAUCUUCAUCAAAGUAGGGCUCUUGCAGAGCCUGUUGCAUAUUGCCCAGUCUGAGGAGGACCCCAUGCUGAAGCGCAAGACAACCUUACUGAUAGGGGAGGUGCUGAAGCUGGCCAGCAGGCUGCUUCCUCCCUCAUGGAGCUCUGAGCUUCAGCUCCUUCCGGAGCUCUUCUCUGCAGCGACCCAGUUCACAAACGAGGACCACUUCAUAGCCUCAGGUAUUGUCUACCAAAUUAGCAGCGUGAGCCGGACGCUGUACAGGAGCGCGCCGUCCGAAACCAUGGCAGGCGCCCUCCCUUCCAGUGACAGCAUGCAGAGUAUGGGACUGGUUGAUGAGCACCCCAAGACCAACACGUCCAUUGUAUUCGACGAUGCUACAUUUCGACAGCUACUCAUCGACACAGGGGUUCUGAACAGCUCAAACUACAUGAAAUGGAACUGGGAGGUCAUCAUGAAGGUGAUCGAUGGGCCCCUGCAGGUGGGGAAACGGCUGGAGGAGGCCAUCAAGGCGUCAAAAUUCAUGAAGCGCAUCAUGAGCUUCUACCGGCCGUUCAAGUACAAAUUCGCCGAAAUAAAGAACACCAGAAACACGCAGAAGUACGUCAAGGCGGGUUGCGCGCUCAUGCAUUCGCUGCUGCAGUCACCAGAAGGCAUCAAGUUCCUCGCGGACAGCAAAUUGUUGAGGCAAGUUGCUGAGUGCCUAGCACAAUGCGAUCCAACGAGCGGGUUGACGGCACAGUUUCCAAUGUUCGCCAAAGACCGACUUACAGACACUCUCUGCUGUGGCUACUUCCCCAUGCUAGGCGUACUGAGCACUGACCCGAAAGGGCUACUUCUGCUAGAACGGUGGCGAAUGUUCAACAUGAUGUACCACAUUGUGGAUCUGAAGCAGCGUCCGGAUCUGAUAAAGCUGCUUUUGACCAAUUUCGAUUACAGCCUUCAGGGCCACCCGCGCGUACUGCUAUCCAAGGCCCUGACAGGCGGCACCAAGGACAUCCGGAUUCAUGCCACCAAUACGCUCCGCAAAUGCACCAUGAGGCCGACGCCUUCUCUGAAAAAUCAGGACAGUGCAAGCGACUCCAAGUGGGCAAUCCAGCUUCUCGUUACGCAGCUAUAUGAUCCCGAGAUCGAAGUUUGCUCAACCGCAAUCAAGAUACUCGAGAACGCGUGUAACAGGAAGACCUUCUUGGAGUACAUCGUCGAGUGUCGGCCCGCGCUCGACCAUCUAGGGGAGAUCGGUGCGCCGUUGCUCCUGCGCUUCCUAUCCACGUCGAUUGGAUAUCAUUACCUGGAUGGAUUAGACUACAUCAGCAACGAGAUGGACGACUGGUUUCUCGGCCGCAACGACUCGUACGUUGGCGUCAUCGAGGCGAGCUUGGCGCGGGCGUUCUUGUCUGAUCCGGACGAUAACACGCACCGCAUGAGCCUCUUCGACGAAACAGUGGCGGAGACCGAAUUUCACGACACGCACGUGCCGCCACACUUUUAUAGGGAGCUUACCCGUACGCGAGAGGGCUGCAAGUUGCUCAGCGACAAGGGCCACUUCGAAGACUUUGUCGCGACGAUUCGGGACCACGGCAUGCAGACGGUGGAGGGUGAGCUGCUCACAAAGGUGAAGGGUUGCUUGUGGGCAGUGGGCAAUGUUGGCUCCAUGGAACUGGGUGCGCCGUUCCUAGAAGCAAGUGACGUCGUGGAACGCAUCAUAGAGAUCGCGGUAUCGCACGGGGUAAUGAGCAUGCGAGGUACAGCCUUCUUCGUGCUCGGACUCAUCUCACGAUCCACGCAUGGUCUUGAGAUCCUGUCGGAGCACGGAUGGGACGCCAACACGACGUCAAUGGGUGCCUCUCUUGGCCUUUGCAUCCCGAACGACCUCUCAAAGCUGUUCACCCUGACGCCGUGGCAGCACGUCAAUAUGGCAUCAAUGAAGCUUCUCGACUCGCAACGCACGAUCCAGGAGCAGCCCCCGGCGCGCCAGGCGCUGCCACCCUUGGAGGCGUCGGAGAUGCCACCACUGCUCAGCGACGCAGAUGUCAACGAGCGUAUCAUGGGCCUCAUUGUUGAUUUGGGCAACAUGGUACUCUACAAAAAGGCACUUACAGAACUGCAAAAGCUGAAACAGAGGAAGCCCAACGCAUUUCGAAGCACCGACUUCUUCAAGAAGGUGAUGGGUCUGAUGGAAUGGAACCAUUACCGAUUAGGGGUGCGGCGACUGGUGAUUGACUUGUUCGAGAAGAACGUCAUGAGACAGAUUGUGUUUGGCGAAGAAGAGAGCGACAGCGGAGGCGAGGCAGAGCCAACGGGGGAUGAUGGCGCCGAGGCAAGCUCGGGAGACGAUCGCACUGAGAGACAGAGGAGCGUGAGUGAGCCGGCGGAGUUGCCGUCGGAUCUCAUGCCCGCGCCACUCCAUGUGCGACACGAGCACACUCGAUGGGGAUGACUGUUGACCGCACGGCGUACCGGUAAAGGCUCCGAGGGAAAGCAUGGUUGACUACUUGAGGCGCGGGGUUCCUAUGAGCGAUGUACACGCAACGAUGACAGCAAGGAGGCAUCAAAUGGCGAUCUUGACCCGGUCUGGAGGGGGGGCGUUUAAGCGCGGGGAUUAUGUGACUUUUAUCUGCUGCCUUUUCGGCAUUUGUGUAUGGCUCUGCGUUGGCCUGCUAUUUGUUCUGCGCAGGAUACUUGGUUGCCGCCUUGAGGUUCGGGCUGGAAUGGAAGCUGGAGCAGCGGACGGGUGCUAUUCCUAUACCAUUUACGAGGUAGUGAAAGUGUAAGACAAGAUGUAACCAUGUAGAAUUCUCCUUGUGGCGUAUUUCACGCGAGCGAGCGGAACUGGACAAGAAAGGGCAUUGCUUGAGGCUGCUAUUUGUUCCGGGUUGGUGAUUGUCUUGGUUCGAAAGGCUGGAU